AUGGCCGCUUUGAUCUGCGACGGUACUGCUGCAGCCAAUCACGGUGCCAAAUCCCCCCAUGCACUCGUUCGAACCGCAGUCCCCAGGGCUGCUACACAAGAGCCCACGCGACACCCCCAACAUCUCUUUAACCCCUCAACUCCAGUCUGCUUCUUUGAGCAGACGCUGGAUACCGACGAGCUCGUCCCAUGA